CUUAUUUAUCGCCCUCUCAACAAGACUGCCUACCACGUACUUCCAGUAACCAACGCUGUCACCGUACAAUUAUGGCAAAUCACCGCGAAAAGGCCAUGGGGUUCGACAGAAACAUCGACAAUAGCCUUUCACCUUGUCUACGACUUCUUUUCUUUCUUCUAGGCUCAUCGAUAUGCACCCUGUUCACGCUUCUGGUUCCCUUCUCUCCAUUCUACGGAACUGAACACGGGAAUCACGGCCACUCUGAUACCAACCUCGGGCUCAUCACCAGCCUUCUCAAGGACAAAUUCCCUUGCGGCAGAGACGCUCCCACUGCAUUGUCACGUGGUUGCAAGUUUGAGUCAUACACGGCUACAUGGCAACCUCCGCAAUGUUUUGACUCGGCUCUAGAUGCCGAGUUCCGCCAGACUCGCCCAUGGAAGUUCUACACGUCUCGGAAUUCAACCACCGAGCUAUCCUGGUCUGACGUGGAGAAGAUCAAAGCAGGACAGGCUUGGACGACAUGGGAGUUCCAUCUCUACUCUUGUGCGUUCCUGUGGAAGAAAGAGGUCAAGAUCGCGCACGGUUUAGUCUCUGGUACCAUCGACUACCACCAGUGCCUAGACCAUGCGUUGAUGCAGGACUACACGAGGCCCAAGGACCAUGUAAGCAUCCCUUACUGGCCUCGCUUCACGUCUUGUCGACCACCUAGCGACUUAUCUGUUCACCAAUUCGAUUUGAAGCCUGGUGUGGAAAAGGGGCUUGGUAGUGAUGGUCAGCUAGCUGAAGUACAUGGGCAUUCCCACAUUCAUGGGGCGAACAAGGAAUUUGAUCACAAGCCAAGGGAAUAGACCACUUUCGUUAUUAGGGGCAGAUGUAGCAGCAGGCUGAUUAGCCAAUGGCUGUGUUCUCUGGCUCGUCAUGCAAAAGUCUAGUCAUCAUUACUAUCAUCAAUCCACAUAUCGCAACGAUGAACGUAAAGUCCUCUGAUUCUCAUACGUGGAUAACGAAGUUCGUUUCAAAUCAAUUACAAUACCCUGGCUACGAUGCAAAUUACAGUCUAGACUACCGGGAACUGGACCAUCGUUGGGCAGAUAAAGUAAGCCACACAAUAUUGUCGAUACCCGAGAGCGAAAGUGUAGUUAGAAUUUCGCGUCACAACUAGGUCCACAAUAAGGAUCAGGGAUUUUCAGAACCAAAGCAAAACAGGGCAACUACUUGUUCUUGGAAGUAUCCCAC